AAUAAUGCUUAAAACUAUUGAAAUAGAGAAAGACCAAAAAAUUUACUACAAUCCUUUGACAUGAGCAAUCUUUGAAGAUAAGGAGACAGCACAGAAAUUUGUCGAGAAACUUGAAGCCAUUUCUAAGGAGCCUGAGAAGAAGGAACCUAUAAAGUCAGUCAAAAAGAACAAGUUCAAAGUUGCAGCUAAACGGAUCAAACUUACUGACACUACGGAAGAAGAAUGCAAGGAUAAGACUAUCGAGGAGUUGGAACAGGAGCUUAAAUCUAAAAAAGAGGAGCUUCAGAGUUUGACAGAAACUACGAAGAAGGAAGUCGACCCUCGAGUUGAGGAUGUAUCCAAACUUGUGGUUUACUAUGGUGAAAAAGCUCAAGAGUUAAUCAUUGAAUUCCAUAAGUUGAACCCUACUAACCCUGAGACUCAGGAAGAGAUGAAUCUGGCUACCAUGAUUAACUUGCUUAAGGUAGAUAAAGAGAUCAUAAGAUGGAAUACUGAGAAUGAGGACUUUGAUCCCUUCACUUAAUUGGUUAAAAUUAUACUUCCAACAU